CACCUUACUCCCUCCCAUUUUCGUACCGUACACAUCCCUGCAAAUAAAUCAAACAAUCAUUCACAAGAACACGAAAUCCCGGCGGAAGAAUAUCCUUCCGAUUUCGCCGUCGUCGUCUUCUUCGUCUCUGCAAAUUCAACGAACAUUAACUGCAUGCAUUUUAUAUUUAUAUGCACUACAUCAUUGAUUACUUCUAACUUGUUACGUGCCGUCAUAAAAGAUAAGAUAUACAAUCAGUAAUAUUGAAAGAAAAUGAGCAUGACGGCUCCGACUACCCGGACGCGUGUUGGAAAAUAUGAGAUCGGUCGGACUCUUGGAGAAGGUAGUUUUGCUAAGGUCAAGUUCGCUACCAACGUUGAAACUGGUCAUCCGGUCGCCUUAAAAAUUAUCGACCGUCAUCACGUACUCCAUCACCAAAUGGUUGAGCAGAUUAAAAGAGAAAUAUCAACGAUGAAGCUUGUCAAUCAUCCAAAUGUUCUAAAAAUUAUGGAGGUUAUGGCAAGCAAGACAAAGAUCUACAUUGUGCUUGAGUAUGUUGCUGGUGGUGAGCUUUUCGACAAAAUAGCAAAAAUGGGAAGAUUAAAAGAAGAUGAAGCUAGGAAAUACUUUCAGCAGCUGAUUAAUGCUGUUGACUACUGCCACAGUAGAGGUGUCUUCCAUAGAGAUCUAAAGCCAGAGAAUUUGCUUAUGGACUCAUUCGGUGUGCUAAAAGUUUCAGACUUUGGACUGAGUGCAUUCUCUAAGCAAGUAAGGGGAGAUGGACUACUUCACACUGCAUGUGGAACUCCAAAUUAUGUUGCUCCUGAGGUACUGACAGACAAAGGCUAUGAUGGAACUUCGGCAGAUAUUUGGUCUUGUGGAGUCAUUCUAUAUGUCCUUUUGGCUGGCUACUUGCCUUUUGAUGAACCCAACCUUAUGACUCUGUAUAAGAAGAUCCACAAGGCUGAUUUCUCAUGCCCAUCACUAUUUUCUUCUGGUGCAAAGAAUUUGAUCAAGCGCAUUCUAGAUCCAAAACCACUUACACGGAUGACAGUUCCUGAAAUCUUAUCACAUGAAUGGUUCAAAAAGAAUUACAUGCCACCAUCUUUUGAGCAGGAAGAAGGUAUCAAUGUUGACGACAUAGAUGCCGCAUUUGAUGGCAAUGAGGAGCAUCUUGUGACUGAAAGGAAGGAGAAACCUGUAUCUAUGAAUGCAUUUGAGCUCAUUUCCAGAUCUCAAAGUUUCAAUCUUGACAAUUUAUUUGAGAAACAAAUGGAUUUGAGUGGUCUUGUUAAGCGGGAAACACGGUUUGCAUCGAAAUGUCCGGCCAAUGAGAUUAUGUCUAAGAUUGAAGAGGCUGCAAAACCAUUGGGUUUCAAUGUUCACAAGAGGAACUAUAAGAUGAGGUUACAAGGUGAUAAAACUGGAAGAAAGGGCCAUCUUUCGGUGGCUACCGAGGUGUUUGAAGUGGCUCCUUCACUACACAUGGUAGAGCUUAGAAAAACUGGAGGUGACACACUUGAGUUUCACAAGUUCUACAAGAGCUUCUCUUCAGGAUUGAAAGAUGUUGUCUGGGACACCCAAUCUAAAGAUGAAGAUACAACCAGUUGAUAUUUCCUUGAGGUGGUGUGCCUCAGUUUUAAUUUUCAGGUAUAAGUACUUGUGUUUAAAGUCUUCUGGCAUUGUUUGUCUGAAAGUUGAAGAAGAAAACCUUACUUAGAUGCAGGACCCAAUGUUAAGACUUUCUUGCAAAAUCUAGUAGUUAAAGACUGUCUAAACUGUCUAUCAUCACUAAGUAUAGGCUAAACUGUCUAUCAUCACUAUGGUAUAUGAUGGCAAACUUCUUCUCAUCGGGAAGAUUUCCUUAACUGAUGAUACACACCUUCCUUAUUAGAUGAUAAACUGUGUUACUAGAUUUAUUUUUAAAGACAGUAACAACUAAUUACAUU